AUGGACGGCAGGGACGACAACGCGUUAGGGCAGCGGCAGGGAACGCAUAGGCGAACACCCCUUGGGCAAAUCGGUGAAACGUAUUUGUUGGAGUGCUGCGGGGAAAAGCGGCCAUGGGCCGAAGACGCGAGGCUCGAGUUGAAGACAGGCGGCGCCUUCCUCACGGUUCACGAAUAUGUUCCGGUCGUGCAUCCGUGGCUGACGGGGAUGCGCGACAGGAUUUUAGAGGUCCAAAGCAAACUGCGGUCACAUUCGGCACCAUGGCCGCCCGAAACGAAUUUGGCCGUUGUUCGGGCCCCUUUCAACGCGGACCUGGGGUUUGAUGACGCCAAAGGGUGGACCAAAUGGCAUGAGAAGCCGCGUGAGCGGCCGCCGGGAGCUACCCCGGGCCACGUGGGCGGCGGCAAGGAGGAAGAGCGCAAUCGUUUGGCCAUGGAAAGGGCUUUGGCGAGUGUCUGGUCGGUUGAGUGUGUUUCAAAGUAUACCUCGGAGGAUUGCAUUGGCGGUCAGUUGUGCCAAAAGGUCCUGGUGCUUCUCCAAGAUAACCACGCCAGCAUCCGCACCCAGCACCUCGUCACCAUCGGGGCCAAAUACACGGCCGUAAUGGACGGCAAAGGAAUCCAGGCUCGGGACAAUCUCAACGUGGACUCCCACCCCUUUUGGUCGCUAAUCUCGCUGACCGACGUGGCCAGCGACGGCGCCCAGUUCAACGACCUGAUUUGGCUCGACCCGGCCAUCUGA